AUGAGGAACAACAAGAUAUCUAUUCUACAACAUCACGAACUCGAACGUCCUCACUUGUCAAAGCAGAGGACGACAAUUAUCAAAGUCUCACGUCAUCGCAGGAGUACUGAUGUAACAGUAACUAAGACGCUCCUCACAACUCUCCAUCUCCUGACAAGGAUCGUCUCCUUACAAGGAUUGAGAGAACAGCACUUAUUUGCAGUUCAUGUACCCGCCGACUGGGUACAGGUGUUGCCUCUACUCUAU